UGUUGCCCCAUCAGGCACUACAUGAGUACUAUGAGACUUACCCAAAAAUUGAAAUGCCCCUAGUUGUAUAUAUGGAUUCUUACCACCACCACGUCUCAGGGCUGACACUGUAAAUAAGAUCCAUGUGAUUAUUUGUUGCGAAUCAAAACGGUAAGCCAAAGUGCGUGUAGUUGUGUAUGUUCAUCAUGUCCAACAAUUGCUACGUCAAGUACCUGUAGUAUAAUCACCCGGAAGAACCAAUCUCCUGGCCUCAUCUUUUCUAGAAAUAAUAGGGUUUUUUCGCAUCACGACAAUUUCAAUUGACACACUAAACAGAAUCAAUGUCCACAACUUUGCGACCUCGCGUAGUACAAGCAGAAAAGAUAGAAAGUCCAAAAAUGGCGACAACUGCGGAGAUGAAGAGCAACACCUCCGAGAUGGAUUCCAAGGCACCCGCCCCGGAAGAGCGAAUCACGAAAAUCCCACCCCCAGCUCCGAGCCCCCUCGUCGCAGUGCGGGAUUUUGUUCUGCUCCUCGUCAUGGGCUUCGCCUUUGGUUUUUUCUUCGAACGCUCGCACGUGUACGAGCCCCUGGUAAUCCGCGAGCAGUUCAUUUUCAAGACCAUGAUCAUGCUGAAAAUGUUCAUGGGCGCGGUGGUGGGCGCCUGCAUCUCGUUCUUCAUCUGGAACAAGAUCGACAGAGAGAGGAUGCAAGCGGUGCGCGAAUCGCGGUUGAUCACCUCGAGCUCUGCGACACGAGUGCUGCUUGGCGGCGGCAUUCUGGGCGCCGGGAUGGUCGUCGGCGGCGCCUGCCCGGGCAUGGUGUUGCCGCAAGUAGGGACCGGGGUGGGGAAUGCGUGGAUCACGCUGCUCGGCGGGUUUUUCGGCGCCUUUCUCGCAAAUGUGCUGAAAGCGGUGGAAGGUCGUGGGAGAAAUAAUAGCAGCUGCGCCCACAGUGGAGCUUGCGACAGUGCGCUUGGCGGUAGCACAACGCAGUACUAUGUCGACAAUUCUGGAAGUAAAAGCCCCGCGACAUCGAGCAAUCUUGGUGCAGUUGCGCCGACAGCAUCGACGAAAGAAGAGGACUUGCAAGGAACUUCUCGUGAUCCUCCAUCUGCGGAGAGCAAGUUACAAACCAAAAAUUUCUCCGCAGCUACUACUUCCGCUUCUACCCCAACGAUGCAGUCCCAGUACGCAGACCUCCGAUUCGGGAUUCCCUUCAAUACCGCCAUGAUCGCAUUCGGGUUAUUUUCAGCGCUUUUCUGUCUCGUCUGCGAAAUCUUGUUGCCGUUUAAGGAUGAGCUGCACAACCACGGAAAGAACGAUGACUGGAAGGACCACGCGUGGCCGCCGUCGCUGUGUGGUUUGGGGAUUGGGUUAGUCAAUUUGGGUUCCGUCUUCAUCGCCGCCCGGCCCAUCGGCUCCUCUACCGCCUACGCCCAGCUGGCGCUCAUGGAUCAGUUGAUUCCCGCCAAGUUUCCACAGAAGCUGAAACCGUUUGAAAAGUUUCAACUCCUCGGGUGGUACUGGCAAGUUCCGUAUCUGAUGAUGUCUGUUUUUGGCGCCUACUGUUCGGCCAGGCUCGCGGACAACCUUCCCAGCGGCGCGCCGUACGUGCAGUCUGAAAUAAGCGCUUUUCUAGGUGGGACCCUGAUGCUCUUCGGAUCCAGGCUCGGCGGCGGGUGCACUAGCGGGCACGGGAUUGCCGGCAUGCCGCUGCUCAACUUGUGGGCGAGUAUGGAAAAGACAUUGUGUUUUUAGGGUUCUUUUACCGUUUUACACGGAAACGAAUGCAUUACCGUGCGGUAUGCAGCACGAAUUUCGACAACCGAACCUAGAUGACGAUACUUGAUAGAAAGCAGGAAUGCCCUAUGAACGCCACACUAAAUAAGUAGAUUGAUCAAAUUUGCAGAAAAGCAAAAGCCGGAAUGCGCUUGUGCUUACCAACGUCAUGUAGGGUCCUCGUCGUGUCCGUGUAGUAGGGACAAUUUUCCAUGCAUAGCGAUCGGGGCGGUGUGUUCCAUGUUCGGGGUUGGUAUCGUGGUCGCAGUCAGUAUGGAGCUGGCCGGCGAGUUGGCGUUGCACGCCAGGUUGUGA